AUGUCUUCGUCUCCUAGCAAUACAACCGAUCUACCCUCCCUGUCAGAAAGCAGCGGAGUGCUCCAGUACAUGUAUGAUGUCUCCAAAACACCAUACCCGGGAUUGGUGAACGCGGGAAUGCUACUCGACAACCCCAUAAUCUCACCUGCGGCACCACUACAGGUGAUGGCGUACGAAUCAAAGUCUAAAAACCCACUCAAGGGUCUCGGGUCCUUCGCACGCACCAGCAACGUCCAGCGGUUGGGAAUCAGCAACAAAAACGCCCUGCUAUUUGCAGCAGCACAGGCAGCGGGUUCCUGGAUGAUCUACGAUAACGACAUGGAAAGUGGGAGUGGGUUUCUAAUGGCUUGGUCGGCUUUGUUCCUUUUGGUGAAUGGUAAAAAGUCACUGAACUCAUUGAAGUACGGUAAAGUCUGGCCCGUGUGCCUGAGUGCGGCAGCAUUGACCAGUUCUCUAAUAUACGGUAAGAGGUUCAUCACUGGACGUUUCAAGUGA